AUGACAGGCAAGCUGCCCAUUGCGCGACUACCACGCGAAAGGCGAGAGAGUGGCCGGGGACGCACUAGUCACGCUUGCGACGCGUGUCGAGCACGUAAAGCGAAAUGCGACGGUGAUCAGCCGCGUUGUGCACAGUGCGUUGCCCAGGGAGAUGACGAAUGCGUUUAUUCCGAUAGAAAAGCUGUCAGGCUCCAAAAGGAGCUUCAGGCCGAACGGGGCAAGACAAAAGCAUACAAAGAAAUGCUUCAGGAUCUAUCAUUAGAUUUUGAGGGUCCUAUCGCAGAUCGAAUCAGAAGAUUUCUUAAGCAGGACUCACGGGCUGCAGCUGCAAAUCGCGAAAGGAGGGGCUCCAUUUCCUCAUCUUCAUCGUCUAUCGGUUCCCUUGAAGAUGUUGAUGUCGCCAGCGAAGAUUUCAACCGUCAUGAGAAGAGUCGGGCAACUGGUUACCUGGGCAAGAAUUCUGAGGUUGUAUGGAUGCAACGAUUGGGUGUUGAGGCAACAAAGCAAAGCGAUGACGGAUUCCUAGAACCUUCAUCCACGGUACAAGGUAUGCCAGAUAAUUCGCUGUCGUCAACUAAUUAUCAUCUCGACGAAGAAACUUUGCAAGAUCCGACGGUGCUCAAUGCAUUCGUUUUGCCGCCAAAAGCCCGAUCAGAUAAGCUAUUCCAUAUUUACCUUGACAAAGUUCAAAUCGCUCUACCUAUCCUUCGACAAGAUCUUUUUUGUGCCCAAUACGAUCGUUGUUUUCUGGGUGGCUUCAAUCCGGGUGCAAAAUGGCUUGCCAUUUUCAACCUUGUCCUUGCCAUCGGGUCUGUUUUUUCCCGAUUGUCUGGCGAAAAUGUUCCGGACAUCGACGAAGACAUAUUGUUCGCACGGGCUAAAUCGCUCAGUGCUUCGGAAAAUAUACUUUACCAGCAUGAUGAUUUGCAGCAGGUGCAAAUCGAAUCGUUGAUCGCCUUCUUUUUUCUUGCUAUAUCGCAGAUAAAUAGAUCCUGGAAGAUGAUUGGAAUUGCUGCGCGAUCAGGAAUUUCUCUAGGAAUCAAUCUUCAUGAGAAGCACGACGAGCUUGACGCCGAUUCUGAAGAGGCUCGCAAGCAGCUUUGGUGGUCAAUAUUUCGUUUAGAACAUCUUCUUUCACUUAUGACUGGCAGAGUCUCAUGUAUCGGAUCGGCUUCUAGUUCUUUGCCUCCGCCGCUACCACUUCCUAGUUUGGCACAUACAGGACUUGCUGGCCAACAGGCGGACGAUGUCUUACACUCGCAGCUCCGCCAAUUACAUUGGACAAUGCAAACAAAUCAAAACAGCACAGAUAUGCAGAGCAAAUUGCUCAAGUCCUUGGAUCCAAGUGCAUCACUAUAUCACUUCUAUAUGGUCGAUUUAUCUCUCAUUUCCCACGCGAUCAGCGGUAGCGUCUAUGCGACUGAUAGCUAUCGAACUGAUUGGGCCAGAAUUGAGAGCCGGAUUUCACUUUACAACAGAAGGAUGAAUCACUGGGCUACUCGUUUACAUGCUGGUUUUCAAUUCGAAGACAAGUAUGGCAAUCUUCUAUCCACGAUCAAGUCACCUUUUCAAAUAUCUCUCGCAAUGUAUUACUACAGCUGUCGAAUUGUUUUGAACCGACCCUGCUUGAAUCGGCCUGCUUUCGAAAAAACUAGUGGCGCACGCUUGGCCCGUUCGAGAUUCAGUAAUCUCUCAGCUUUAGCUUGUCUUCAAGCCUCCUUGACUAUCAUCGCCUUGCUACCAGACCAAGUAUCAUUGAAAUGGGCGUACGAUCUUCUACAGUGGUGGGAUUUUGUGCAUGUCCUUACACAAGCUACCGUGAUCUUAUUGCUUGACGUUGCAAUUGGCCCAGUGCCAACGAAAACUGGAGAAGCUCAUGUCAUCUCUGAGUCGGUGCAAGACGUCUUAAAAGCGGCAAAGAAAAGCAUUCGUUGGUUACAGGUCUUGGGGAACACUUCAGGCUCCGCUCAACGUUCCUUUGAGUUCGCCAAUAGGUGUAUCCACAGUCUCACGGCAGGAAAAGAGUCUGGUCUGAGUGAUAUACCAUCAGUAGCUCAUCAUCCCCAUGCAUCUCGAAGCACGCGAGAGAAGAAAAGAGUUGAAUUUGAGAAUUCGCCGUCAGAGGGUCUUGCUCCACCCGAGAAAUCAAAUAGCGGCAGUAUCGCACAAGAACAACCAAGUAUCUUUUCUCUCUAUGAUUGCGAUACGGAUAUGCCAGACGUGCCUCCGCAAUUUCAAGAUUCAAAGUUGGAAGAUUUAUUGCUGUCUAUGAUGUCCUCAUAG